CUGGAUUCGUCGUCAUACAAUUGGACGACUCUAGGUGAAACGCUUCGGUGACAACCUCAGAGAAGGAGAAAACAACAAUUGAUGACUAAACGGUCACGCGAUACACAUACAUCUGACGACGUGCAUCAGUAAGUGACGUGAUAACCCGGGCAGUGAUAUACCACGUAUCGAUAAUGACGUCAGCGAAAGUCGGGCUAGCGUUAUUAGGACUCGGACGAAUUGGACAAGUACACCUGGACAUCAUUCUGUCAAGUCAACGCGCCAAUUUAUUGUGGGUUGUGGAGGAAAAUACUGCACUAGCCGAGUCUGUAAUGAAAGGACGUGAUUUGUUGGGAAAGCUCAGGAUAGUUUCAAAUGACAAGUUUGAUAAUAUCUUACUCGAUCCUUUAGUACAAGGGGUGUACAUUUGCACACCGACGGAUACACAUACGGCUCUCGUUAGGAAGGCUCUUGCCGCAGGAAAAGCCGUUUUCUGCGAAAAACCGCUUUCAGAGGAGCUGGCAGAUAUUAAAGCAUGUUACGACGAUGCCGAAAAAUAUGGUGCUAAAUUGUUUUGUGCAUUCAACAGACAUUUUGACCAUGGCAUCCGGAGCAUGUAUGAGAAAGUUCGGUCGGGAGGCCUAGGGAAGCUUUACAUGGUGAAAACAACAUUCCAUGACACUCCAUUGUGGAUGGGGGCACCUACCUUUUCACAGACUUUCCUUAUUCACGAUGUUGACCUCCUGUGCUGGUUCGCUGAUGCUCUCCCCGACACAGUUGUAGUACAGGCAACUACAAACAUUAAGGAAGUUGCAGAUAAAUCAGACGUGGACACAGUCGGCGUGUUGAUGAGGUUUCCAUGUGGCAUGCUUGGUAUACUCGACUUUUGUAAAUAUUCUCCAUAUGGCUAUGACGUCAGACUAGAGGUGUCAGGUUCGAAAGGAAUGGAAGUAACUGAUGCCAAACCGAUUUCGUAUGUAAAGAGUUAUGCGCCAAAUGGUCGGUUUGCGGAGGAUAUACAUGCAUCAUUUCCGGAAAGAUUUAACCAAUCUUACACAUCAGAACAAGAACAUUUCCUCGAUGUUAUCCAAGGGAAAGCAGAACUUGAGGUGAAACGGAUCUUUUCCGAGAGGGCUGCGAUAGUUAUUGAUGCUAUAAAGGAAUCGUAUCGAACUGGACAAGUGAUUUCACUCAAGAAAUAAUCACCAAAUGUCUGACGCGAAACCAGAUGAUCGUAUCGAACUGGACAAGUGAUUUCACUCAAGAAAUAAUCACCAAAUGUCGCAAUCAGAUGAACAUUACUCAACCAACCAGAAAUUAGCAGUUAUAUAUAUCAAUUACGUAGUGUGAUGGAGCUAUCUCGAGCCGAAUAAAUACGCACACCUCACGUCCAAAA